AUGGCUCUUUUCGCAUCACACGAGGAUUAUUCCGUCGUGAAACCUCGCCAAGCUCAGCUAAAACAGAUUCCAGCCUCGACCAUCACUCCUGAAGAACGUCGAAUCUUUGAAAGGAUUCGUCAACAAUUUGGCGAUACCGUUGACGAUAGCAUCAGUUCGACAAGUACUACGUCGCCUGCCUCCCAGAGUGAUGGAUCUUCUUCGCUACCGAAGCCAGUUCUCGAGUCUGCAAUAUCCGACUCUUCUGAAGAUCACCUUCAUGAUAUAGACGUUAGCCAUAUACUGUCCCUUUUCGCUCCAAAUACAUAUCAGCCUUUCAACAAUACAGCAAACGAUCUGAUCUCAGAAACUACAGAUGCAGAACCUACAGUUCCUCAGACCAUGCCAUCACACCAGAUACGUGCAGCAGCUCUCGCAACCCUCGAGAACAUUACCUCCUCCUUCAGAACCGCUCUCACUUCGCGCACGACACCGCCAGAUCAAGCUCUGUGGAAGGUUAUCGAAAACGACGUUCUACGCAUGAUCGAUCUCCUGCAUCAUCCUGCUCUUAGACUCCCACAGACCACCUCACAAUCUCCAACGGGUUUCCACAAUCCCUACCAGCUUACACUCGACGACAUCUCUUCCUCUCCCACUUCCUCCACAUCACCACAACCAGUCCUCGUCUCGAGUCUCGCCAAUGUCCCUACAAACACUCCUCUCCUACCACUAAUCACUAUCCUCUACCCGGCUGCCACUCUCCUCGCACUACGCAUGUACGCCGCCUAUCUCCCAACCUCCGGCUUCGCUCUGGCACUUCUUCCCCGGAUUAAAUCCUUAGGAGCAACUUCAUACCUCUUAGCCGGCACUAGCCACUUCUUCAAUACCCUCCUACAGCUCUACUGGGAGGUAUACUCGGACAUCGACGCGCUUCAAUCCCUGAUCAGAGAUAUGCGCAGAGAUGGCGUCGAGUACGAUGAGAGGACGAUCGAGCUGCUCGAGCGUGUUCCACAGGCUCGGAGGAAUGUAAUGAAGAAAGAUAAGACGGAUGUCGGUGACCGCGCAAGGGAGUGGUGGCAGAUGAAGGCGCAGAGCGAUGGGCUUGCUAAGCUGCUACACACUCAGAACAGGAUAAAACAUGAUAUGGAGAAGAAGGCACGAGAGAAGGACAGUGCGAGACUGGAGGAUGUUGAGCUAGAUUGA